AUGGCUGACGACAUUUUAGACUUUGAAAGUAAAAAAAAGAAGAAAGCAAAGCCCCUUGUGCAGGAUUUUAAAGAUGAAACAGACAAUCUGGCGAACCAAGAUAUUCUAGACUUUGGUUCAAAGAAGAAGAAAAAAGAUAAACUCUUAAGCUUGGAUGACGUGGGUAACAAAGAGGACUUAAAUCAGGAACCAGAAUUUCAUAAGAAGGACCCAACAGAAAACGGCGUUAAGCAACUUACUGAAAAGCUAGCGGAUGAGCUUAAUUUCUCAGAUAAAAAGAAAAAAAGGAAAUUCAAACCGAUUGAAGUAGAUGAAAAUGGAGUUUGCGAGCUGAACAAUACAUCUGAACUUAUCGUGAGGGAUUCAUCUGGAUAUGAUUAUGAAACGUUGUUAACACGAGUCUUCGCUCAGCUUGGUGAUUUGAAUCCUGAACUUGUAUCAGAUCAGAAAAGGAAGCUCGUAAUGGUUCCCCCCCAAAUGGCUCGCGUCGGGACCAAAAAGACUCUUUUUGUAAAUUUUUCAACUAUUUGUCGUUCUUUAAUGAGAGAUCAGUCUCAUCUCACAACAUACAUACUAACUGAACUGGGUACUCAAGGUUCAGUGGAUGCUAACGGUGCUUUACUUAUUCGUGGACGUUAUACAAGUAAACACAUGGAACCUGUGCUGAGAAACUACUGUAGAACUUACGUGUUGUGUGGUACCUGCCAGUCUUCUGAAACAGACUUAUGCAAAGACUCAAGACUUCUUUUCCUACACUGUCGACGAUGUGGAUCUCGUUUCACUGUAAAAACAGUGACUUCCGGAUUCCAAGCCUUGACAGGGAAACGUGCUGCUUUGCGGGCGAAAACACAAUGA